AAAACACCCACUUCAAGAUCUACUCAAGCAGGUCUUAUUUUUCCAGUAUCAAGAGUUGAUAGAUUAUUACGAGAAGGAGGUUAUGCAAAAAAACUUCAAAGUACUGCUCCAGUUUAUUUAGCUGCCGUUUUAGAGUAUUUGGUUUUAGAAGUUCUUGAAUUAAGUUUAAAUCUUUCAAUUUCACAAAAAAGAAGCAGAAUUUCACCCCAACACAUUAAUUGGUCUAUUAAUAAUGAUCUCGAAUUAAAUCAGCUUUUUAAAAAUGUUACUAUUGCUUUUGGAGGUGUUUUUCCA